CCAACGAGAAUCCUGUAGAAGGUAGAGUUUCCAUAAACAUCCCUAACUUUGAUCCUAAACUAUUCGCCGUUAUUCUCAGAUACAUUUAUGACGGUAGCAUAGAGCUUGAAAAGUUUGAAAUCCAAGAUGUCUUGCAACUUAUGGUAGGAGCUAACGAAUUUGGUCUAGUAGAUCUUACGGAACACAUUCAAGAAUUUUUGUUGGAACGUAAGGAACUCGUAAAGGAACAUUUUUUUCUUGUCAGCAGGAUUUCUAAAGACAAUUUCAAAAAAAUAAAUGAUAUGUGUGAUACAAUUCUGGUUCAGGAAACAUUCACUAUUUUCAAUUUACCCGAAAUUCUGACGGUCACCCAGGAAGAACUACUGAACUUUUAUGCAAAUCUUCCGGCUACUUUUGAUUCUCUGUCGGAAAUCAUAUUAUGGGAUAAACUAGUUGAAUGGGCAGUCAAUCAAUUAAAGGAUGGAGUAAGGGAAGACAACAGUGAAUCUAAUGUGAAUGCGCGACGAAAUUCAUCUGCUUACGACAUUUCUGAAAUGAAUGAGGAUGAUUUUUAUACCUUGAAGAAAUUUGUGGAACCCUUUAUGGACUAUAUUAAUUUCAAGAUGAUUAGUAAGAAUGAUUUUUUGCAAAAGGUUAGGCCGUGGAGGCAAAUUUUGGAUGACAGUUUCUACAUCCGGUUUCUAGAAUAUCAUACGUUUAAUAACAUCGAUGUAUCAUCUCCACCAGAAGAAAAUUCGUCAUCGGAUUCUCAACAUUUCAUUGACCAUCAUCAACCUUCGCAGGAUAACUCUUUGCAAUAUUCACCAAAUGAUAAUUCAUUUAGCCAGCCCGAUGAAUUCUCACAAAAUAGUCACCCACAUUCGCCAACACAGCAAACAGAUAAUCCUAAUCCUUAUCUAUCACAUAUAAUGAAUACAAUGCAUGAUAUGCAUGUUUUUCCAGAACAUGAUAGUAACUCAAUUUUAAUUGACCAAAGUCAUUUUAAUUUAAUAACUCAAUGGAUCAAUCACAUGCACGGAAGAGGUCACGAUACUACGUAUAAUUUCGAUAUAUUAACCAGAGGUUCGGCGCAUGGAUUCACCGCCGAAGACUUUCACGAACAUUGCGAUAAUAAAGGUGCAACAAUUUCAAUUUUAAAAUCAAAAGACGAAAAUGUUCUCGUCGGUGGUUACAAUCCAAAAAAUUGGAUCACACCCGAAGAGGGUAAACACAAAUACACUGUCACCCCACAUAGUUUUAUAUUUUCCAUAGAUUUGGAAAAUGAAAAGCAACCUAUAUUUAGUGAAGUCAAGUUAAAGCACUUUGCGAUACUCAAUAAGGCUGACAUGGGGCCAUCGUUUGGAAAAUUUAGCGAUUUGAUGACAUGCGGAAAGAAGAAUUGCAAAUUUGGUUGCAAGUUUAAGCAAUUGUGUUAUGAAAAACUUAUUAUGGAAGAAAAACGGUUUGUAAUUCAAGAGUAUGAAGUGUUUCGAGUUGUCAAGAGCAAAAAUUGA